UAUAGCCUUCCCAAACCCAAACCCAAACCCAAUCCCAAUCCCAAUCCCUCAUCCUUUCUCUUUCCUGCAUUUCCUCAUCCACCUGCCCCACAAAAUCCAAUCCACCCACCAAAAAACCUCCCCAAAUUCUUCCUCCCUUCCUUUCUCAUCCUUCUCAAGUUGCAUCCCCGAAGAUAGGCCGGUAAAAUCCCACACAGAGUCCUUCUCCAUUUCUCUUUCUUUAUUUCACAUUCUGUCUAAAGAACGGACCCGUCUUAUAUUUUUUGGCUGCAUAUUCUAAUACGGUUUGCGGUAAUGGGUACUCCUCUCCCUCGUGAAUGGGUCGGCCUUCAACAAUUCCCCGCUGCUACUCAGACGAAAUUGUUUGAGUUGUUGGGAAAAUUGAAGCAAAAGAAUGUCAAUACUUUGACUAUCCUAGUUAUGGGCAAAGGCGGAGUAGGAAAGUCUUCUACUAUCAAUUCUCUUAUUGGGGAGCAAGUUGUUCGAGUCACUGCUUUCCAGUCAGAGGGGCUGAGACCCGUAAUGGCUUCACGCUCCUGGGCAGGGUUUACAUUGAAUGUAAUUGAUACACCAGGACUUGUAGAGGCUGGCUAUGUCAAUCACCAAGCUCUUCAGUUGAUCAAAGGGUUUCUUUUGAAUAAGACCAUAGAUGUUUUGCUUUAUGUUGAUCGCCUGGACGCCUAUAGAGUGGAUGACUUGGAUAAGCAGAUCAUCAGAGCUAUCACAAACAGUUUUGGAAAAGAAAUAUGGCGCAAAAGUUUGCUUGUUCUCACUCAUGCACAGCUUUGUCCACCAGAUGGACUGAGUUAUGAUGUUUUUUCUUCUAAAAGAUCAGAGGGUGUCCUAAAGGCGAUCCGUAUCGGAGCUCGUAUUAGGAAAAAGGAUUUUGAUGAUUCUGUCAUUCCUGUUGUUUUGGUUGAAAAUAGUGGGAGGUGCAAUAAAAAUGACAGUGACGAAAAGAUUCUUCCGAAUGAUGAUGCUUGGAUCCCAAACUUAGUAAAAGCCAUCACAAGUGUUGCAACAAAUAAGAGUCAAGCUAUUGUAGUUAGCAAGAAGCUGGUAGAUGGGUCUGACGCUAGUGAGAAAGGAAAAUUGUGGAUUCCAGUUAUUCUUGGGCUUCAGUGGUUUGUUAUCAAAUGGAUUCAAGGAGCUAUAAAAAGGGAUAUUGCAACUGGCAACGGGCCUAUAUGAGAGCCACAUGAAUGUGAACUGCUGGAAUGCAAGUUGCAUUUGGUCUCGUUAAAGUUUCUAUAUAAUAUUUUAGUUUUCUUCUAUUUUUUUGGUAAAAAGUACAAAGAAUCCUCUGAAGUUGGUUUUGCUAUUUGCUAUAAGUAUGGUUUUGGGAGGCAGAGUAAGUAGUGGUUGGACGGAUGGGAUAUUGUUGAGGUAUUGUAGGAUAUAAGCAUUAAAUGCAAGCCAUGGUUCUUUUGUUUCACUUCCAUGUAUUCCCGUCCAUUUCUUUUGAUUCUUUUAUCGAACAAACUACUUGUACUGGUGAUUUUGUUCAGAGACGGAUUUACAAUUUCCUCCGUUAUUUUCCUUAA